CGAGAAUACUUACCAUUUUAAAUCAUUGUGUAUUACUCUCCUACCAAAUUUCCUGCUUUUAAUGUUUUAAAAGUUUUCUGCAUAUUUCAUUCGCAACGAUGUAAAGUAACUAUUAGGUGAACAAAGUAUUUUCGUCAGUUUAGGAGAAAAGUAUUUGACAAUUGUAAGUAUUCGAUUUUUCUUUCUUUACGAGCGCUGUGUUAAAGACAUUUCUGCCUUUUUGUAGGGCUUCGUUGAAAAUGUCAUAGCGAUGUUAUAAUUAUUACGAAGACACUUGUCGACAACACAUCUCUCAAUAACAACCUCCUAAUAAUUUUUUGCUUAUUUCGAUUUUUCUUUUUAUGCUAAAAGGGUCUCUAAAAUAGUUUUUUCUUCGCGAUAGACUACAUUACUCUUUCGAGAUAUCCAAAUUGACUUGUCUAACCGUGUUUUCAUUACUCAGUUUUUCUCUAGAAAAUUCGCUUAUUCUAAAGAAGCUAGUGAAAGCAACUGUAUCUUCGACUGUCUAGGUGUCGCUUUGGACGGAAAAAUUUUCGGAAGUCAAAGUGUUCUACAAAUAACGUCAGCAUUAGUAUAUUAAUAUUGGGCUCACGUAUUAUAUUUGCAUCAAUAUCCAUUUCUAACUUUAGAAUUAUUUGAUUUUUUUUUGGUUUUAUCUGCUUUCAACUUAUACUUUUCACUAUUUCGCUGAUUCUUCAUCAUGAUUGCUUCAACUCCAGCAGGAAGCGAGUCUUCCUCGAAUCACUUAGAUAAGGACUUUGGGAUAUCUGAGACUAAAAAUAUAGACCAUCGACACUGCAAGGUAGCUUACCGCCCUUUAGACUACAGUCCUACUCCUUCCAUUUUUGCCCGCACGCAUCAGCGUAGUAAUGUAGACUUUACAGGAUUCUUUGUUCUUUUCUGGGUAUCUGUUGGCACAAUGAUUUUAAUACAUUCUUUGGACAAUAUGGAAAAAACAGGUAAGCUCUUUGGAAACAAUAUCAUCCAAUUCUUUAAGAUGAAUUUAUUGGAUCUGGCAAAGGCAGACUUAUUUAUGUCUUCUUUGUUUUUUGUUUCAUUUCCAUUCCAGAAACUGUUUUCUUCAGGUACUCUACGCUGGUAUGGUUCGGGUAUUUUUCUUUACAGUGCUUUGGUUUUGGCAUUUCUCAUGCAUAGUGUAUUGCGAUGCUGCUUAAGUGACUGGCCCUGGACUCAUCGUGCUGUCUUUAUCCUACAUUCUAUGGACAUUUUAAUGAAAAUUCAUUCAUACAACACGGUAAACGGUUGGUUUUCGUAUUGCUAUUAUCAAGCCCGCAGACUUCGAGCUAAGUCAGAUUCUCUUUCGGAACCAGAAAAGCAAAACUUGAAGCUGUGUGAAGAGUCGAUAGUUGAGCAUGGAAAACGCUAUCCGAAUAACUUGACAUUUAGCAAUGCACUAACGUUUUUAUUUAUGCCUAUCUUAUGUUAUCAGCUCUAUUAUCCUAGAACGCCCCAUAUUCGAGUUACAUAUUUACUUGAAUGUGCACUCGGGACUUUCGGUUGCAUUUUCUUAUUAGUAGUCAUAUCGGAAAACUACAUGAUUCCAGUCUUACUUCAGGCUAUAAAAUGGAUUUUAGAAGCUCCAGAAGACGCAUCUACCUACUACUUUGUGCUUCAAUUAGGCAAGACUGUCACCUAUCUAAUGUUUCCUUUCAUGCUGAGCUUCCUUAUAGUAUUUUGGGUUAUUUUUGAAGGCAUCUGUAACUUCAGUGCUGAAAUCACUCGUUUCGCUGACAGGAAUUUUUACGACGAUUGGUGGAACUGUUGGACUUGGGAUCAAUUUGCUAGAACAUGGAAUAAGCCAGUCCACUAUUUUUUGCUUCGACACGUUUACUGUCCUUUUAAUAAUAAAUUUUCCAAAUUUACGUCAACUACGCUAACUUUUUUGGUCUCCUCUAUUUUGCAUGAGCUAGUAAUGGGAUGCAUCACAAAGAAAAUUCGAGGUUAUGGCUUAUUUUUUCAAAUGACUCAAAUUCCUUACAUGUUGAUCCAACGACAGAAGUAUAUUCGCAAGCAUCGAUUGCUCGGAAACGUUUCAUUUUGGGUUUCUAUAAUAAUUGGGCUUUCGCUGAUUGGUGUUCUCUACAUUUUAUACUAAAGAUACGCAACUUUGAAUGCUGGAUUUCACAGGAUUGCAAACACGAUGAGCGUGCAUCACAUUUUCUUGUACCUUCUUCACUUGGAAUACGAUGCUCUUAAGUAAGAGUUGUUUGUCAUUCUAUAAAUGAAAAACUAAAAUUUACGAUGAAUAAUGAUUAUAUUUCAACAGACGACUUGUACUGAUAUUAUGUCAAUGUUCCUUUGCAUUACUUCAACUGUUCUCCGAUGCUAAAUAACAUGGCAUGUUUAUAAAAGACUUCUGUAUUCAUAAGUUGUUAGCACAUCUAGCCGGAAAAUAUAGAUUAAGAAUCCUUAGCUUCUUUUCUCAUUCAUGAAUAAACCUGAAGGCUAUUGGAAUUACUAACAUAGACUGUAUCAACCUCUUUUUGUUAAUGACGAUACCAAACGUACUCUACCAAUUGCUCUGGACUCCCAACCAGCCUAUAUUAUAAAAUGAACUAU